AAUUUUGAGAAUACCAUGACUGCUAAAACUAAUCACGUGAUAUCUGCCGCCAUUGACUUUGGAACAACAUUUUCCGGAUAUGCAUUCUCAUCACGUGACGACUUUUAUACGUCACCUGGCAAAGUAUCCUCCAUGACAUGGACAGCCGGAUCCGGAUGUCUACAGUCUCUGAAAACUUCAACUUGUGUGUUGUUCAGUCCGGACAAAAAAUUCUCUACUUUCGGAUUCCAAGCUGAAGACAAAUAUUCUGAGUUGGCGUUAGAGGAGAAAGAAAAAGGGUGGUACUUCUUCCGUAGAUUCAAGAUGGAGCUCUACAAGGUCAAAGAGGUGACUGCGGACAUGCCCCUAAAGUCAGUAGACGAGAAAACCUUACCCGCUAUGGAUGUCUUCUCGGCAGCCAUUCGGUACAUGAAGGACCAUCUCGUGAAGGCGUGUUGUACUCAGGGAUUUUAUCUUGAGUCACGUGAUAUACAGUGGGUCCUCACUGUUCCCGCCAUAUGGGACGACUCCGCUAAGUUGUUUAUGAGGAAGGCAGCAGUGAAGGCCGGCAUUUUGACCGACACAUUACUUUUGGCCCUCGAACCUGAAGCAGCUGCCAUGUAUUGUAAAACCAUUCAUGUCAAGAUGUCAGACGAGAGGGGUGGCAGAACAUCUUUUGAACCUUUUAAGAUAGGAACUAAAUACUUGGUUGUAGAUGCUGGAG